ACGGCUUCUGCUAGCAAACAUGUUCUACCAGAUACAUGGAGGAAUAGAAAACUGAUGGCCCCAAUGAACGGGACUCAGACAGCUAAGAAUUGCACGGAUCCUGCGAUUCAUGAGUUCCCCACAGACCUGUUCUCCAAUAAGGAGCGACAGCACGGAGCCGUCCUGCUGCACAUCCUCGGAGCUCUGUACAUGUUCUACGCCUUGGCCAUAGUGUGUGAUGACUUCUUCGUUCCGUCUCUAGAGAAGAUCUGCGAGGUACGCAGGAGGGACUUGGGAUCCCUCAGCAAAGCCGGGGUGCGGGUGGAGGGCUGCAUCAUGGGCGUCCUAGAACCAGUCCCUCAGUCCAUGGGGUUGGGGACAAGGGCCUCGCAGCAGCCUGGGUCUGAGGAAGUGUACGCACAAGAGGAUUUCUGCCUUUCCCUUCCAGGCGUGUUCAUCACCCACGGAGACGUUGGGGUUGGGACCAUUGUGGGCUCUGCGGUGUUUAACAUCCUGUGUAUCAUUGGAGUCUGUGGAUUAUUUGCGGGGCAGGUGGUCCGUCUGACAUGGUGGGCCGUGUGCCGAGACUCCGUGUACUACACCCUCUCUGUCAUCGUGCUCAUUGCCUUCAUAUAUGACGAAGAAAUCGUGUGGUGGGAAGGCCUGGUGCUCAUCAUCUUGUACGUGUUUUACAUUCUGAUCAUGAAGUACAAUGUGAAAAUGCAGGCCUUUUUCACCAUCAAACAAAAGACCAUUGCAAAUGGCAACACGGUCAGCAGUGAGCUGGAGGAUGGUAAUGAUUACUGUGAUACUAGCUCUGAUGACCCCUCCCUGCCAUUGCUGGGGCAAGGUAAGGCUGAGCAGACAGGAGUGGCCAAAAGCCCACCUGGCUCCCACUUUGGAAGCCACAUCUUCAUCCACUGGUUACUAAGGGAUCCGUCUGUGGGGCCACCUGCCAGCAAGACCGGAGCAUCUCCAUUCUGCGAGCCCAGUGGUCCCGGGGACCUGUUUGCUCGUGUCUGGGACGUGUGGGGGCUGAAGUCUGUACUCGUUGGCCCCCUUGCUAGUCCUUACUCCCGGGUGGAUCCGGGUAGUGCCCCUUCCCCUGGACUUCAGCGGCAGAGACUGAUCAACUCGGCAAACGGUGUGAGCAGCAAGCCGCUUCAGAACGGGAGACACGAAAGUAUCGAGAAUGGGAACGUUCCCGUGGAAAACCCUGAGGACCCUCAGCGGCAACAGGAGCAGCAACCCCCACCCCCACCGCCACCCCCAGAGCCCGAGCCCGUUGAGGCUGCCUUCCUGUCCCCCUUCUCCGUGCCCGAGGCAAGAGGGGACAAAGCCAAGUGGGUGUUCACCUGGCCACUCAUCUUCCUCCUGUGCGUGACCAUCCCCAACUGCAGCAAGCCCCGCUGGGAGAAGUACUUCAUGGUCACCUUCAUCACCGCCACGCUGUGGAUUGCCGUCUUCUCCUACCUGAUGGUGUGGCUGGUGACCAUUAUUGGAUACACGCUUGGGAUCCCGGAUGUCAUCAUGGGUAUCACUUUCCUGGCGGCAGGCACGAGUGUUCCGGACUGCAUGGCCAGCUUAAUCGUGGCGAGACAAGGCCUUGGUGACAUGGCGGUCUCAAACACCAUAGGAAGCAAUGUGUUUGACAUCCUAGUGGGACUCGGCAUACCCUGGGGCCUGCAGACCAUGGUUAUUAACUAUGGGUCCACGGUGAAGAUCAACAGCCGGGGUCUGGUCUAUUCCGUGGUGUUGUUGCUGGGCUCCGUCGCUCUCACCGUCCUCGGCAUCCAUCUAAACAAAUGGAGACUUGACCGGAAACUGGGGGUCUGUGUGCUGGCCCUCUAUGCCGUCUUCUUGUGCUUCUCGAUAAUGAUAGAGUUUAACGUCUUCACCUUCGUCAACCUGCCGAUGUGCCGAGAAGACGAUUAA